AUGGAUCCAGAAUCACAGAAAAAUCGCUAUUUACGCCUUAAACAUAAAGCCAAACAACUGCGUGUCGAAGUGGAAUUGUCCGCGGCCAUCACAGAAGGUACCGACGCUUUUAUUGCCCAUGUCCAACGUGAAGGCAACUUCAACGUCGGCCUCCGAUGGAUGGUAUCACAAAUACUGUGCUACACAUCGAUGGAGGUGUUCAAUGAGCUACUGCCAGAUGUCGAACGCCCAGAAAGUUUCGAGCCGAUCAAUGAUGAAGAUCGCUUCGACUUUCCCGCGCUGAAGACGCUGUGGGACAACUGCUACACAACUCUGAGGAUGGAUCAAAUCUUCUGGAUUGUGUGGACAGGUGGAAAACAGCGGAUCGAGCCACCUAAGAACUGGUUGGCUCAACCUUCAUCCCAGCGCCCCUCCCAACCUCAAGCACCAGGUAGGAGUUCGACAGCUCAACGCCCCUCCCAGCCUCAAGCACCAGGUGGGAGUUCAACAGCUCAACGGUCCUCCCAGCCCCAAACACACGCUGGUGGGAGUUCGACAGCACAAAGCUCUUUCCAACCACGCAGUCAGGCAGCGUCCGAGCCCUUUCUGUCCAACGCCACCAGGGCAGUCAAAGUCGAGGAGGCCAUCACCAAAGAUCUCCUAGGGAUGACAUCCCAAUCCUCACCCGACUUCAUCAAAGGCUACGAGUCCGACUUUGGCUCGGUCAGGUCUUUCAGAUACCUCCUGCCAAGAACUUUGAUAUACUCGAAACAUAUUGCCCCAUACAUUCGACAACUGCAACUGCUGCUAGGUGUCAGAAUAAUCACGGAAUGGCGGCCUCACGCAAUUGUCAUCUCCAUAAAUGAAGAUAGUCAGGACAUCAAGCUGAAUCAGGUCGCAAGAAAGGUCCUAGCGUACGAAAACUUGUAUCGAGCCCGCGAGUAUUUCACAAGCUAUUUCCGCACCAUACAAGAAUCAAACAAGGUGCCAGACUUGGCCUCGUUUAUACACAAUCUCAAGGUCGAGGAUGUGUUGCAACGGGUCAACGCCAGCAAGAAUACUGAACAGACUCUCUCACGCUUCGACAGUCAAUCUGCUCCCGCGCCUCCACCUGCCGUCUCGAAUGACAGUCCUUACUGGGACUAG